GUCCGCGGACGAAGCGCAGCGCAGUUCAGUCCAGCCUGAACCGCGGCGAUGCUGAGCGGAGCUCUGUGCGCGUUUCUCCUCACUUUCACCUCCGUGUCAGCGCAGUAUGUGCCGCCGUACACUGAGGACUGCCGGACAGGCAUGUAUCCACCCAGUGGACCAACGUUUAAAGGCGCAGUCAGCUGGUACACGGUGGAUCUGGAUCUAGCCCCCAGCCAAAGGUGGAAGGAGGUUAUUACAGACAAAAAGAAUGACUUGGUGAACAUGAUCCAGGCCAUCAAGGAUCUAGCAAAUGCCUUCGUCCCCAGCGGGCGGCUCGUUGAUCUUGUGGACAGGGAUUUGCCCUUGAUGAUUGAUACGCUCCCCUAUCCUUUCAAUGAGGAGAUUAAAGGAAUCGCAACAGCUUCCGGUGUUCCUUUAGGGGAGGUUGUGCUCUUCAACAUUUUUUAUGAAAUUUUCACAGUGUGCACCUCACUAGUCGCAGAAGGUCCUGAUGGAAACCUCAUCCAUGCCAGAAACCUGGACUUUGGCCUUUUCAUGGGCUGGGACUUGAAGAACCGAUCGUGGGUGAUCACGGAGAAGCUGAAGCCGCUUGUGGUGAACGUCGACUUCAGACGGAGCAACCGCACCGUCUUCAAAUCCACCAACUUCGCCGGUUAUGUUGGCAUGCUGACCGGCAUGAGGCCUCACGUGUUCACCCUCACAAUGAACGAGCGGUUCAGUCUGAACGGAGGCUACAUUGGCAUUCUGGAGUGGAUCCUGGGGAAGAGAGAUGGGAUGUGGAUGAGCUUCCUGACUCGCUCCGUCUUGGAAAACGCUACCAGCUAUGCAGAAGCUAAAAAGCUUCUAUCAGACACGAAGCUGCUGGCUCCUGCUUACUUCAUCCUGGGAGGAAACCAGACAGGCGAGGCAUGCAUCAUCACCAGAUCCAGAACUCACAACAUCUAUCCUUUAGAUAUUGAUCUAAAGCAGGGCAGGUGGUAUGUGCUGGAGACUAAUUAUGACCACUGGAAGAAGCCUCUGUUCCUGGAUGACCGCAGAACUCCUGCCAUGAAAUGCAUGAAUCGGAUCACACAGGCUAAUAUCUCUUGGAAGACCGUCUAUGAUGUCCUGUCCACCAAGCCAGUCCUGAAUAAAUUAACCACAUACACUACACUCAUGGACGUUUCCGAGGGGCAACUGGAGUCUUUUAUCCGCGACUGUCCCAACCCCUGCAUGCCCUGGUAGCUGGACACUCUUGAACAUCUCUCCAGAACAUUCCUCCAUACGUGCUUAUCUGAGACAAAAAAGCCUCACCACACAUCGUUUUACAGUAGAGCAAGCAUUCAUUUUAAAUAUAUAACCUUUUAACAAUAAAUAAUAAUAAUGAACUUUGCUUACAUAGCACUUUGCAAAAACAACUUUUCAAAAAUAAAUGAGAGAAAACAAACACUAAAAAAUAAAGGAGAUAAAUAUAUUGCCUAAAUAAGUAAAUUACAAAAAAGACAAGGUCAGUUAGACAUCAAAAGUUUACAAAGGGCUCUACAAGAGGAUUAAAGCAGAAAAAUAUGAAGUGAUAAAUAAAGAGAAAUAAAAAAUUAAAAACAAAAAAAGACAGUAAAGUAAAAGUCUUAGACUGAGCCUAAUUAAACCUAAUUAAACACAAUAUUAAAUUAGUGCAUUUUUAAUACUAAAGUUACUGCUAUGCUAUAAAGCACUGGUCUAAUCAUUGAUCAAAUCUCAGCAAAUAUUUCAUAAACAUUUCUUCAACAUUAACAACAGGAUGCCUGUCUGCAGCUGUGCUGCAGGUCUCUAUAGUUACUGCUUUAUUAUUGUUCUUAAUUUUAUUCAAGGAAAGAAAAGCAGUUAGUUCUGGGGAAGUUGUAUAGGCGUGUUUCAAAUUCAAAUGUAACUUGUUUUGUACUUAAAAUACUGAAUGUACACUGGAUUAUGAUUAAAAUAUAUUUUAAUGUCAUUCAUUUUUGUCGGGAUUAACAUAAACAGACAUCACUUCUUUGUA